AAGUAUAUUGAGAGAGAUUGAUGAGCAUGUGCAGAGGGAGAUCAUGAAUCACAGGUCCUUAAACCAUCCCAAUAUAGUUAGGUUCAAGGAGACUGUAUGGGGGCUUUUGCUUCAGCUCCAGUCAGCAAGAAAAUCAGGUUCAAUUCCAGAGCCAAAGGCCUGUACCAAGCAGAUGCUGGUUAUGGACUUUCCACGGUCUAAUGUUUGGAUUUCGAGAUUAAACUCCUGUCUCCGUAGCAAUGAGCUCAGCAGUUGAAUUGAUAUAGUUCAAAGCUUCAAUCUUACCAUAAUUAACAUGAAGUGGCUGGUUUGUCUGAAACCAUUACUAGAAGGCCUUUGCCAAAUCUAUCAAAACGAGUUUAAUAGUGUUAUUUAGUUAUAUUUGGCUACUCGAAACAUCUCCUAGCUGAACAUACUGCAUAGUGGUUACCUAUCAUUUUGUUUUUCAAAGAUGUAUGGUGACUAUAUUUGACUUGAGGUGAAGAGUCAAAGUCCUCUCUCUAUCAGAGAACAGAAUGCAGUGAUUCUGAUUUAUUUGCAUGCUAUAUCAUUUGGUAUUUUGAGCCAAUUUUGAAACUUUGUGCAGGUCUUCCUCACACCAACUCAUCUUGCCAUCGUAAUGGAGUAUGCUGCUGGUGGGGAGCUUUUUGAAAGAAUUUGCAAUGCUGGUAGAUUCAGCGAAGACGAGGUAUCCUUAACUCCUAAAAUAUUUCUGAUACUGGCAAACUUUCUUAGGAUGAUCCAUAUGCUUGGAAACUUACAGACUAGCUUCUAAAAGCUUUGAUUUGAUGCUCAACAAAAUCAACUUAUAUGUUUCCACUUUCGGUUGUUUAUGCUUUGCGCGCAGUUACCACUCUCACUAUAAUUGUCAUUUAUUUCAGGCAAGAUUUUUCUUUCAACAACUUAUAUCAGGAGUUAGCUACUGCCAUUCAGUGCAAAUUUGCCAUCGGGAUCUUAAGCUGGAAAAUACACUCUUAGAUGGAAGCCCAGAACCACGUCUCAAAAUAUGUGAUUUUGGCUAUUCUAAAUCCUCAGUAUUGCAUUCCCAACCCAAAUCUACAGUAGGAACGCCGGCCUAUAUUGCACCAGAGGUCUUUUGCAGAAAAAAGUAUGAUGGGAAGAUUGCAGAUGUUUGGUCAUGUGGGGUUACCUUGUAUGUGAUGCUUGUUGGUGCUUAUCCAUUUGAAGAUCCUGAGGAUCCAAGAAAUUUCAGAAAAACAAUUAAUAAAAUUCUGAGCGUUCAAUAUUCAAUUCCUGAUUAUGUUCGAGUCUCCAGGGACUGCAAACACCUUCUGUCUCGAAUAUUUGUAGCUGACCCUGAAAAGAGAAUAACCAUUCCAGAAAUCAAGAAGCAUCCGUGGUUUUUAAAGAAUUUGACUGUGGAAUUUGUGGAAGGAGAACAAGCCAGCAUUCAAGUGAACAGUGCAGCCAACUAUUCUCAAAGUAAUGAAGAGGUGUUGGCUAUAAUACAAGAGGCGACGAAAUCGACAGAGGGGCCUGGAGUUGGAGAAAAUUUCAUUGGAGGCAGCAUGGAUCUAGAUGAUAUUGAUGCUGAUUGUGAUAUAGAUGAUAUAGAGACAAGCGGAGAGUUUGUUUGUGCAUUAUGAAUGCUACUUCUCCAUAACAGUGAAUUUUGAAUUGUCAUCUAAAAUGUGAAAACUGCAUAUCAGAGCUAGUCUUUCAGGGGCUGUUUUAGUCAGUCAAUCGUUUUAUGUUUCUGGAUCUUGCUGUAUAACUAAUCUUCACUCCUGAAGUCCUUUUCAAACGAUUUGGAAAACCAUAGGUCGUUGUAAGAUAUUGCAUUCAAUUGGCUUUCUGGUAUGACAUAAGGAUUCCACAA